GGGAGGGGUCUCCUCCUGUAUAAAAGGUGUGCUAACGGUGUCUCUGGAUGAGCAUUAUUAAGAUGCUGGGGAUUUUGGUUUCUUCUGCCCUGUUCCUGGGGUCCGCCUCUGCUGCCACUGUAAGUCCAAUAAUAAUAAUUUAAACUUUACUGUAAUUAAAGAAAUAAUUAGCUUUUUUUAGUAAAACAAAUUUCCAAAUAUGAUAUUUGUUAAUGUAGCUGUUUUAAUGUAGCUAUAAUGUUUUGUAUUACUAUCUGUGGUAUUGAUCACCUCGUUGAGGUGAAAAAGAUACAAUAGAAAUGUAGUUUGACAAAAUAAAGGCUACUAAGUAUAAAAUUGUUUAUACUGAAAAAGUAUACAACAGUAAAACACAAAGGCUUAAGAACGUAUCCUGCGCUACAUGUUAAUCAGCAAUAGGUUGACAAGCAGUGUGAAUUCAACAGCUGAACACCUUUUUUGCAACAGUUCGUACUAAUAAACAACGAAAAACAAUGACACUACACUACAUCCAUAAAACAGCAACACUGAAUAGAUUUGUGCCUUUUACAAAAACAGUUUCACACUUUACACAUGCACAUAUUACUUCAUGUUUAAUGAGUUGAUAUCUGCCCUUUGGGUGUGGAUGUGUAGCUUGGAGUGGUGUACACUGAGGGAGGCAUGGUGCAGGGGAAGAACAUCAAUUCUGAUGGACUCUUCCGCACCAUGGACGUCUUUAAAGGAAUCCCCUUCGCUGACAAGCCCGGCAAGUUUGAGAAGCCCAAGCGUCACCCUGGAUGGGAUGGUGGGUACCAGAAAACGAAAUGCCUUAGAUGUCUAUCCAAUCAACAAGGAAUAUCAUGUUAAUUGUACAUAACAAUGUAGUAAUACUGAAGCAGAUUGUAAAAUAAAUAUUGAACAGCCAUGUAUUGGACCAUAUCAGACCUUACUUUUACUAACACUCAUCUCAGUUGACUGACUGCUUCUCCCUGUGUCUCCUUCCAGGUGUUCUCAAGGCCACUAAGUUCAAACCGAGGUGUAUGCAGCUGAACCUGCUCCAGUCUGACACCCGUGGCCAAGAGGACUGCCUCUACCUGAACAUAUGGGUCCCUCAGGGCAGCAGCGGUAUGUAUUAUGUACAGAUGUAGGAUCUUAAUUUGAUCACCCAGUUGCAGUAGAACUAAAACUUGUAGUGCAUUUGAGGAUUAAAAAAGCUUCUGAAGUUUGUAAUUUCCACUUUGAAAUUUCAGACUUGAUUUUCCCCUUACGAAAAUUGUAUAAACCCACACGAAAAUGUCCAUUGACUAUAAUCCACAUAAUAAUUCACAUUUUCUGUUGCUGCAGAAUUAUUUUCCUACUGUAGCAAACUGGCUCAAAUUAAGAUCCUACACCUGUGCCUGUGUCUUUACCUGUCACUAGAGCAGGACAUCAGCUAAUAAGGCAUCAGCCCCAUACAGUAUGAACUGCUGAUGUGUAGUAAUACUAAUAAUAAUAUGACUAUAUCGUGUAAUUCUACAAAUUUAUUGAAAUAUCUCUCCAUUUAUUUCUAGUCUCGACUGAUCUGCCAGUAAUGGUGUGGAUCUAUGGAGGUGGUUUCCAGGUUGGAGGCUCUAUGGGCGCUAACUUUCUGGAUAACUAUCUGUAUGACGGGGAGGAGAUCGCUAACAGAGGCAACGUAAUUGUGGUGACCCUGGGUUACCGUGUGGGCACCCUGGGCUUCCUCAGCUCUGGAGAUGCCAGCGGACCUGGUAGGUGUCAAUCAAGGCUUUGCCUGGCCGGCUGGCUGGCUAGGUGGGUGGGUGGGUGGGAGGGUGGCCAUGGCACAAUCGGUGUCACAUCAGUGACUAAAUCCACUAUAUGAUAAUACUGUUUAAGAAUACUGUGUUUAUGUAACUUUUAGUAAUCAACUGGCUCUUUCAGAAACAUUAGCCAUUUUGUUGGAGCCAGAUGUUAGUAGGUAGAUAAUCUCUCUUAACCCGGAAGUAAAAUCUUGAGUAAUUCGGUCAGCGUCGUGAUUACAUUAACUUUGUGUUUAUACUGUAUGUGUUAGAAAUUGAGAGUUCCAUCAAAUACGAAGUCUUCGCCCUCGCAAAUGGAAACUCUACCCAUUUAGCAAUGGUGUGGAGAGACAUUUUUGCAGUUUUAAUGCACAUUUCCUGCAAUUCUACACAUUUAGCCAAAACUUACGCCAUGUUAAUGAUAUCUGAGUGAGAGUGACAAACAAAAUCAAUGAGGGCACCCUGGAGAUCAAGUCCCCUCGGCACAUGGCCUGCAAGCCCAAUCGGUAUUCGGUAAUGAUUACUACAAGUUUAGAUAGCUGGCUAGACUAACUUACCAAUCAAAAACAUUCUUAGCUGACAUGGCUAAUUGAGUGGCUGUAAGUGACUGACAUAACAAGAGAAAAACUGCUGAUGCACAACCACAUUUUGCAAUUGCACCUUGUGUAUUCUACUAUUCUAACUCUCAACAGUAAGUUGAGACCCCAGACUGAGUUCCAUAAGCGACUGCUUAUGUCGCUUAUGCCUGGAGCCGGCCCUGACACGCAGAAUCUGCCCACGGAAGAUUAGUAGGUAGAGUACUGCUGCUGGCUCACAGAGCUGUCGUCCAUGUCAGGUAACUAUGGUUUGUGGGACCAGCAUGCUGCCAUUGCUUGGGUAAACAGGAACAUCCGCGCCUUCGGAGGAGACCCCAACAACCUCACCGUCUUCGGGGAGUCUGCCGGCGCUGUUAGCUCCAGCCUCCAGGUGUGGGAUUAAAAAAGGAGAGUAACAGUUUUAAUACAGAGCUUUCAGGGAAAAGGUAGGCUUGUCAAAAUACAAAAAAAGUAUAGUAGAAUUAUGUUUCUUCAGUCUCAAUGUUAUAUACUCUUCAUUAAAAUGUCAUGAUUAUUCAGUGUCUUCCUGUCAUAAAGCAUAAGUUUAUUGUCACAGUGUCUAGUUUAUGUUAACUGUUGUGUCUAUGAACUUAGUUGGUAGGGUGGUGAUACAUUUAAUAAUGAGAACAGUGAGAUUUCUGCUUCUUUAUUUGGGACCAUGAUGUCCUGUACAUAGUCAGCUGUUUGUCACAAGUUCCUGAGACCUCUGAGAACUCUGUGUCUAAUAAAAAGGUUGAUGUAAAACACUUGUACUUCAGACCUUUUUCAUGUUUAACUUUUUAGAUAGUUAGAUAUGUGUAAGCAUUAAGCAGGGUUCUCCUGUUUUGAUUGUCAGCAAAGAUAGGUACAGAUAUGCCAUUCUGCUUGGAUGCUCUGUCCACAGUAUUAACUGGUUAGCAAAUGAUAAUGUAGUAAAUGCAAUGUACUAAUUUGAGUUUGAAUGUACUUUACCACCACACAGACACUUUCUCCCCAUAACAAAGGGCUGAUCCGCAGGGCAAUCUCCCAGAGUGGUGUUGCUCUCUGCCCCUGGGCUAUCAACAGGAACCCCCGUGCCUUUGCAGAGAAGGUAUGUGUACGUCUGUAACAAUGAGGUGGAAUAUGGACUGACAGAGAGGGAUAUUGGCUGUUAAAGGGAUGUCGCAUCCCCCUUUCUGUCUCUUUAGGUAGCUGAGAAGGUGGGCUGCCCCAAGGAUGAUCAGAUGAUGGCCUGCCUGAAGCUUAUUGACGCUAAGGUUCUCACCCUGGCUGGUACCACGUCCCUGAGUGGUUCUCCCUCCAGUGAGUAUUCACUGAGAUUAAUAUACAGGGAUGUGGCACACUGUGAGCAAGACGCUAAGGAGGAUGUGAUUUGCAUGCAUUGAUGCCUGUAAUGAUAACUGUAUAGAUGAGCAUUAGCCUGACACUCACAUAUCUCCUCAGCCCACCAUUUUACACAGUAAUUUGGUGAUGGCCAUGUCCUGCCGAUAGCAUCAAAAGGUAUGUCUGUCUCUGCCUGCCUUCUCCAGCCCCCAUGGUAGACAACCUGGUCCUCUCCCCUGUGAUCGACGGGGACUUCCUGCCUGAUCACCCAGGUAACCUGUUCCACAAUGCCGCUGACAUCGACUACCUCGCCGGGGUCAACAGCAUGGAUGCCCACCUCUUCGCUAGCCAGGACGUCCCCGAAAUCAACAACCCAAUUGCAAACGUCCCUGUGUGAGUGGCUAUGGGCUGAUUGGUUAGCUGGGAGGAAGAGGGCACUCUGUUCAGUGUUGGCCAUGUGCAUGGUGUAGCUUAAAUGGGACAGCAGAUUUUACAGAACCAAGAGGGUUCUGUCUUCAGCCAGGUCCCUAACACAGUGAGCUUCAGAAGGGGUUGUUAUAUGUUGAGCCUAAUCUCUAGGGUGUCCAAUCACAAACGCAUAUUUUGACCAAUGGGUAAAAUUAUAUGUUAAUUUUGUAGAUACCCCUCUAAGAAAACCAAUAAUCCAAACCUCAUGUUUCUACCAUAAUCUGUUCAAAAGUCAUUGACAUUUUUACCUUGUAGGAUGGCCAAAAUAAGGAUGACUAAAUCAAUAUAGGCCAGAGAAAAAAAGUGGUAAAAAAUAAGGAAUAUUGCACAGCAUCGCAUCAGCUAGGCUGGUUGCUGUGCAUGAAUGAAGGCUACCUGACAGGCUCACUUUCACGUUUAACAUAUCAAUUUUCUUCACGAAUCCGCAGGACAUAAAACAAUAUAGAGGUACACUACAUGACCAAAAGUAUGUGGACACCUACUUGUCGAACAUCUCAUUCCAAAAUCAUGAGCAUUAAUAUGGAGUUGGUCGCCCCUUUGCUGCUAUAACAGCCUCCAGUCAAGGCCAGUCAAGUUCUUCCACCGCAAUCCCGACAAACCAUUUCUGUAUGGAACUCGCUUUGUGCACAGGGGUAUUGUCAUGCUGAAACAGGAAAGGGCCUUCCGCAAACUGUUGCCACAAAGUUGGAAGCACAGAAUAAUCUAGAAUUUCAUUAUCUGCAGUAACGUUAAGAUUUCCCUUCACUGGAACUAAGGGGCCUAGCCCGAACCAUGAAAAACAGCCCCAGACCAUUAUUCCUCCUCCACCAAACUUUACAGUUGUCUUUACGCAUUGGGGCAGGUAGCGUUCUCCUGGCAUCCACCAAACCCAGAUUCGUCCUUCGGACUGCCAGAUGGUGAAGCGUAAUUCUUCACUCCAGAGAACGGAUUUCCACUGCUCCAGAGUCCAAUGGCGGCGAGCUUUACACUGCUCCAGCCGACGCUUGGCAUUGCGUAUGGUGAUCUUAGGCUUGUGUGCGGCUGCUUGGCCAUGGAUACCCAUUUCAUGAAGCUCCCGACUGAGCCGUUGUUGCUCCUAGACGUUUCCACUUCACAAUAACAGCACUUACAGUUGAACGGGGCAGCUCUAGCAGGGCAGAAAUUUUCCGAACUGACUAGUUGGAAAGGUGGCAUCCUAUGACGGUACCACAAUGAAAGUCACUGAGCUCUUCAGUAAGGCCAUUCUACUGCCAAUGUUUGCAUGGCAGUGUGCUCAAUUUUAUACACCUGUCAGCAACGGGUGUGGCUGAAAUAGAAGGGGUGUCCACAUACUUUUGUAUAUAUAGUGCAUCUCUCUUCCACUUUCUCACUGCAGGUCAGACGUGAAACUGCUCUUGGGUUCUUUGACUAAGAAGGGAGAGGCCGCUACCAACAACGCUUUUGCAGAGUACACGGCCGACUGGGGAGACAAGCCUAGCCAGAACACAAUGAAGAAGACCGUUGUUAUGAUCGAAACUGACUACAUCUUCCUAGUUCCUACCCAGGUUGCGCUCUACCUGCACGCCUCUAAUGCCCAGUAAGUCUACCUCAUUGUUACUGUAGCACAGCCCUUUUCACCCAGUUUGUUUCCCAUCCUAGCAUUACAUAUCUGAUAUCUAAUCAUUCCUCCCCUCCUUGCCCUACCCCAGAUCUGCACACACCUACUCCUACCUGUUUUCGGUACCCAGCCGCAUGGCCGGGAUAGUCCAACCUUAUCCCAGCUGGAUGGAGGCUGACCAUGCUGAUGACCUGCAGUAUGUGUUCGGCAAGCCCUUCACCACACCCCUGGCAUACUGGCCCAGCCACCGCGACGUCUCCAGAUACAUUAUUGCCUACUGGACCAACUUCGCCAGGACUGGGUAAAAAAGAGCUGCAAUGCAAUCAUACAGUGGGGCAAAAAAGUAUUUAGUCAGCCACCAAUUGUGCAAGUUCUCCCACUUAAAAAGAUGAGAGAGGCCUGUAAUUUUCAUCAUAGGUACACGUCAACUAUGACAGACAAAUUGAGGAAAAAAAAAUCCAGAAAAUCACAUUGUAGGAUUUUUAAUGAAUUUAUUUGCAAAUUAUGGUGGAAAAUAAGUAUUUGGUCACCUACAAACAAGCAAGAUUUCUGGCUCUCACAGACCUGUAACUUCUUCUUUAAGAGGCUCCUCUGUCCUCCACUCGUUACCUGUAUUAAUGGCACCUGUUUGAACUUAUCAGUAUAAAAGACACCUGUCCACAACCUCAAACAGUCACACUCCGAACUCCACUAUGGCCAAGACCAAAGAGCUGUCAAAGGACACCAGAAACAAAAUUGAAGACCUGCACCAGGCUGGGAAGACUGAAUCUGCAAUAGGUAAGCAGCUUGGUUUGAAGAAAUCAACUGUGGAAGCAAUUAUUAGGAAAUGGAAGACAUACAAGACCACUGAUAAUCUCCCUCGAUCUGGGGCUCCACGCAAGAUCUCACCCCGUGGGGUCAAAAUGAUCACAAGAACGAUGAGCAAAAAUCCCAGUACCACACGGGGGGACCUAGUGAAUGACCUGCAGAGAGCUGGGACCAAAGUAACAAAGCCUACCAUCAGUAACACAUUACGCCGCCAGGGACUCAGAUCCUGCAGUGCCAGACGUGUCCCCCUGCUUAAGCCAGUACAUGUCCAGGCCCGUCUGAAGUUUGCUAGAGUGCAUUUGGAUGAUCCAGAAGAGGAUUGGGAGAAUGUCAUAUGGUCAGAUGAAACCAAAAUAGAACUUUUUGGUAAAAACUCAACUCGUCGUGUUUGGAGGACAAAGAAUGCUGAGUUGCAUCCAAAGAACACCAUACCUACUGUGAAGCAUGGGGGUGGAAACAUCAUGCUUUGGGGCUGUUUUUCUGCAAAGGGACCAGGACGACUGAUCUGUGUAAAGCAGGGGUGUCAAACUCGUUUUAGCUCAGGGGCCACAUGGAGGAAAAUCUAUUCCCAAGUGAGCCGGACCGGAAAAAAUCAUGGUAUAUAUAACUUAAAAACAACAACUUCAGAUUGUUUUCUUUGUUUUAAUACGAUCAACAUACAACAUAAAGCUGGAGCCUGAGGACAGUGUGUCCAAAAUAGUACAAGCACAACAUCACUAUUAAUCAUAAAACACGUCACGUUUAUUUGAAAAUUCUAAAGAAAAAGAACACACAAACACACAAUGCCUCAGUGAUUAACAGAACUGUUUCACAGAUCACAGAACUAUAUCAGGGUGUCAUUUCUCAGGCAGAAAUGUAGAUAAAAAUAAUGAAAUCCUGUUCCCAAAACAAGUGCAAGAACCACAGAGUCAAGAAUAGGUUAAAUAUACAAAUAAAAUAAAAUCAAUAGCACAUCAACAUAAAAACAUAUAAACAUAAAGCUGGAGCCUGAGGACAGUGUCCAAAAGCACAACAUCACUAUUAAUCAUAAAACACCUCAAGUUAUUUGAAAGUUCUGAGGACAAAGAACACACAAACACACAAUGCCUCAGUGAUUCACAGAAGUAUAUCACAGAUCACAGAACUAUAUCAGGGUGUCAUUUCUCAGGCAGAAAUGUAGAUAAAAAUAAUGAAAUCCUGUUCCCCAAACAAGUGCAAGAACCACAGAGUCAAGAAUAGGUUAAAUAUACAAAUAAAAUAAAAACAAUUAAAAACAAUAGCACAUCAACAUAAAAACAUAUACAUAAAUCUGAAAGCGUUGCUCAAACUCCCGUAACAGUCCCGUUAUUUUAUCUUUGAACCGCUUCAUGUCUGCCACAUGUUGGGUCGCACACACAUUUUUCAGACAGGGGAAGUGAGCUGCAUCACCACCGGCAAGUUGCGUCUCCCACAAUGACAGCUUCAACUUGAAAGAACGUAUGCUGUCAUAAUACCGCGUGACAACUUUGUUGCGCCCUUGCAGCUGUUUGUUCAAGUUAUUCAGGUGCUCUGGAACAUCCACCAUAAAUGCAAGGUCCGGCAUCCAUUCUGCGGAAUGAAAUUCUAACACUGGUUUGCCCUUUUCUUCCAUGAACUGUUCAAUUUCUUCUCGUAAAUCAAAGAAAUGCCUCAGCACAGCACCUCGGCUUAACCAUCUUACCUCAGUGUGGUAUGGCAGGCCAUAGAUGUGGUCUUUCUCUCUGAGAAGGCUGUCAAACUGACGGUGAUUCAGGCUUCUGGAUCGGAUGAAAUUAACAGUUUGGAUGACCACCUUCAUGACGUUAUCCAUCUUUAAUGACUUGCAACACAAAGCCUCCUGGUGCAAAAUACAGUGAAAAGUCAAAAAAUCACGUCCUCCAUUUGCAGAUUGCACUUUCUCUCUGAACUUUGUCACAACGCCUGCUUUUUUCCCGAUCAUUGAGGGCGCACCAUCUGUAGCCAGGCUGACAGCGCGGGACCAGUCCACUCCGACCCUGUCCAGCGCGCCGACGAGUGCAGUAAAAAUAUCAGCUGCUGUCGUUGUAUCUGUCAUCGGCACCAACUCCACGAACUCCUCGGUGACGGUCAAUGUGUCAUCAACUCCGCGGAUGAAAAAAUGGCCAGUUGUGCAACAUCUGUAAUGUCCGUGCUUUCAUCAAUUGCAACCGAAAACGCAAUAAAUGACUUUACUUUUUGCUUCAACUGGCUGUCCAAAUCCACUGAAAGAUCGGAAAUCCUGUCUGCAACUGUGUUUCUUGUCAGGCUGAUAUUUGCAAAAGCCUGCCGCUUUUCAGGGCACACAAUCUCCGCUGCCUUCAUCAUGCAUGUUUUUACAAAUUCACCCUCACUAAAUUGUUUUGAAGCCACUGCGAUUUCAUUAGCUAUGAGGUAGCUAGCUUUCACUGCAGCGUCACUGAUGUCUCGGCUGUGAGUAAACACAGACUGCUGUUUCUUCAGACCCGCCAACAGUUCAUUCACCUUCUCUCAUCUCCGCUGUCCUUGAAAGUUGUCAUAUUUGUCGGCAUGAAGACUCACAUAGUGGCGACGAAGGUUAUAUUCUUUCAGCACUGCAACAUGCUCUGAACACACCAAACAUACAGCUUUCCCAUUCAAUUCCGUGAUUAAAUAGGAUGACCAUUUUUCUUGGAACACUCUGCACUCUGUGUCCACUUUUCUCUUUUUUGACAGAGACAUAUUGGGGCAAUGAGGGUGCCAAAGCACAUAAUGUUAAAAGUAGAAGCCGUAAUAAAUAUCGCGGGCAAAACAAAGUAGCUCAUUGGCUGCACGUGCUUGACCUGCCCCGAUAUAAACAGUUUGCUUGCUUAACACAAUUGCUAUUGCGCCAUCCAGUGGACGCAAUUGGAACUGCAGUUUAUUUUAUUGAAUUUAAAAAAAUAAAAAAAUAAAAAUUGAGUGAAAACCUCGUUCCAUCAGCAAGGGCAUUGAAGAUGAAACGUGGCUGGGUCUUUCAGCAUGACAAUGAUCCCAAACACACCGCCCGGGCAACGAAGGAGUGGCUUCGUAAGAAGCAUUUCAAGGUCCUGGAGUGGCCUAGCCAGUCUCCAGAUCUCAACCCCAUAGAAAAUCUUUGGAGGGAGUUGAAAGUCUGUGUUGCCCAGCGAUAGCCCCAAAACAUCACUGCUCUAGAGGAGAUCUGCAUGGAGGAAUGGGCCAAAAUACCAGCAACAGUGUGUGAAAACCUUGUGAAGACUUACAGAAAAUGUUUGACCUGUGUCAUUGCCAACAAAUGGUAUAUAACAAAGUAUUGAGAAACUUUUGUUAUUGACCAAAUAGUUAUUUUCCACCAUAAUUUGCAAAUAAAUUCAUUACAAAUCCUACAAUGUGAUUUUCUGGAUUUUUUUUUCUAAUUUUGUCUGUCAUAGUUGACGUGUACCUAUGAUGAAAAUUACAGGCCUCUCUCAUUUUUUUAAGUGGGAGAACAUGCACAAUUGGUGGCUGACUAAAUAAUUUUUUCCCCCACUGUAUUUCCCCCAUUGGGUGUGAUUACUGUAUUAGUGAUGUUAUCCUCACGAAAACUAUAAUAAAUCUAAUGUUCUGACCAUUAUGUUUUUCUUACCAUCAACCCCUUUCCCGCCACAGAGACCCCAACAAGGGGGAGUCUAAUGUGCCUGUGACCUGGCCUGCAUACACCACCUCUGGGCAAAAAUACCUGGAGAUCAAUGCUGACAUGAACAGGAACUACGUCCAUGAGAAGAUGAGGGUGCGCUUUGUGAACUGGUGGUCUAACAUCUUGCCCAGCCUGCCCUCCGUCUGAGGUAGCUCUCACUGAGCACAGGCUCCCUGAUGCAUCAUUCAUGGCUAUACAGAUUGGUCUUGUCAUGUCACAAAUAUCAGUAUCACAGAUGCAUUUCUGAUUGUAACAAUGUUUUCUUCAUUGACAAAUUAAAUUAAUGCAAUUAAGUCUA